CAGCCAUGGCGGCAGAUUCUCUCUCUCCUUCAGACAGCUCAAGAGAGAGAGACUUGGGGAACAAGAAACCACAUUUGAAACGAGGAAUCCUUCUCUCGUCGGAUUGAAAGCGGUUCCAUGGAGAGGAAAAGAAUGUGUGGAUGAAUAAAAGGGUUGGUGAUACAACAAACAGAAGGGCAAAGAAUGGGCGGGGAAGAGAUGGCAUCGGGUGGUGGAAACGCAGAGAAGAUUCUGGUUUCGGUUAGGGUUAGGCCAUUGAAUGAGAAAGAGAUGACGAGGAACGAUAUCUGUGAUUGGGAAUGCAUCAACAACACCACAAUCAUCUGCAAGAACAAUUUUCCUGAGAGGUCUUUGUUCCCGUCUGCAUAUUCGUAUGACAGAGUAUUUGGAUUCGAAUCUCCCACGAAGCACGUGUAUGAGGAAGGAGCCAAGGAGGUUGUCCUAUGUGUACUCACCGGAAUCAACUCGAGCAUCUUUGCGUAUGGGCAGACGAGCAGCGGGAAGACGUAUACAAUGAGUGGAAUUACCGAAUUUGCGAUGGACGACAUAUAUGAUUACAUCGAGAAGCAUAAAGAAAGGGAAUUCAUUCUUCGGUUUUCUGCAAUUGAGAUCUACAAUGAAGCUGUCAGGGACCUUCUCAGCGGAGAUAAUACACCAUUAAGGCUUCUAGAUGAUCCAGAGAGAGGGACGGUCGUCGAGAAACUUAGAGAGGAGACACUCAAAGACCGGAGCCAUCUAGAGGAACUUCUAUCGAUAUGCGAGACUCAGAGGAAGAUUGGGGAGACCUCUUUGAAUGAGACUAGCUCAAGAUCUCAUCAGAUUCUCCGGCUGACAAUCGAAAGCUCGGGUCGAGAAUUUUCUCCGGAAAACGCAAGCACUCUUGCUGCAUCAGUGUGUUUUGUUGAUCUGGCUGGAAGUGAGCGUGCAUCUCAGACGUUAUCUGCCGGUACAAGACUGAAAGAAGGUUGCCACAUAAACCGGAGUUUACUCACUCUAGGAACCGUCAUUCGGAAACUGAGCAAAGGGAAGAAUGGGCACAUACCAUAUCGAGACUCGAAGCUAACACGUAUAUUGCAGAACUCUUUGGGAGGGAACGCGAGAACAGCAAUCAUCUGCACGAUGAGCCCAGCUCGUAGUCACGUUGAGCAAUCAAGAAACACCCUUCUCUUUGCGAGUUGCGCUAAAGAGGUAACCACAAAUGCUCAAGUCAAUCUGGUAGUGUCUGAGAAGGCCUUGGUGAAGCAGCUUCAACGUGAACUCGCUCGGAUGGAGAAAGAGUUGAAGAACAUUGGCUCUGGUUCUGCAAGUUCAGGUUUCUACUCCAUGCUGAAACAGAAAGAGGAAUUGAUUGAAAAGAUGGGGCAACAAAUCAAAGAACUGACAUGGCAAAGGGAUCUUGCGCAAUCCCGGGUUGCGAAUUUACUAAAAACAGGAUCUGAAGAUCGGUCUUUGAGGAUGGAUGAGAAUUCAGUGACGAGCUCCAUGGAUAUCGACAAUCCUUUUCUUUUGGAAGCAUAUCUCAGAAGAAGGAGCAAUGACUCGAGGGGUUUCGGUGAACCUAGUAACUUAAGGAAGACCAAUGAUCUCGAUCUUUUGGAGAAUUCUGAAGAUGAUUACUUCCUACUUGAUGAUAGUACCCCACAGUUUUCGAGUCACGACCUUGGCGGCAAGGACUGGGAGGAGAUCGCUCAAAGAACCAACCAAGAACCGAACAAUGUAUGCAAAGACGUUAGAUGCGUCAAAAUGGAUGGUCGGGAGAUUACUGGACAAUUAGAAAGCGAAGAAACCCGAGAGUCACAAGAUGUGACGGUCGAUAAGAAAGCUAUAUCUGAGGUUCUGUCACCAAGAAAGGAGGAAAAUUUAUCUGGAACACCAUCUCGGGAAUACAAAGAACAUGAGAAAUCGUCUAUGCAAGAUGUGAAACAUGCUGAAGAUGGAGAGAUGAAAUCGAGUACUCACGCAGAAAUUGAAGAUGAUGCUAAGAUAUCUCUGAGGAAGACAGAUGCAGAGUCGAGUCCGAAUGAACUUGAGGGAAAUGAGCAAACUUUAAAGGUCUUGGAUAAGGAUCAACACUUUUCGGUUGAUGCCCACGAAACUCAGCAAUCGAUGGAGAAGGAAGAUGAUGAAUUGAUCGUGUUUGCGGAGCAGCCGAUGAAAUAUUCAGAGAAAAAAACUGAGGAACUGGGUUCAUUUGAGGAGCAGUCUGAGCAAUACUCCAAGAAAGAAGUGGGGAAACUGAAAACGUUUUCCGUGGAGCACACUGAAUUGAGUUCAUUAUCGAAGAAGAAGCAAUCUCCAGAAACAAUGGAGUUAGAGUUAGCUACAGGUGGUAAGUAUGAACAAAACGAAUCACCUUUCGACCAAAGAGAGACGAAGGUAACACUUACAGAUCAUAUAGACAAUAGCACUUACGAGACAUUGACGAAAAAGAUGAAGGAAAUGCAGAAGACGAUCGAAUACCUCAUGAGUAUGCACGCCUCAGAACAACAACAAUCUCCUUCCUUUGAAGCGGAGUAUGUGAGUCCUGCUCACGAAAAGCUGAAAAGAAGUAGAAGCUGCAAAGAAAUUCUCUUGAACGCUCGUUCUCCACUUUGGAUCGAGAAUUCAGACCAUAAAAAAAGAGCAAAGGAAUCUGCCUGGAGGCUCAUGGAAUUGAAAGAAGUUGAUUCCGUUCGACGGGCCUUGAGCAAGACUUUUAACACAUCGAGCGUUUCCUUUGAUACAGAGAGCACUAUCAGUUCUGCCUCCAUUGAUGCAGAGAAUGGAAGUGGCUUCCACGAAUUCGUCGCGGGUCUGAAAGAGAUAGCAAAACAGCACCAGUCGGUUGGCUCAACACACGAGAAUACUCAGGAUGUAAAUGCAGAAAACCUAGACGAUUCUACAUUCGAUCAGACAAAGAGAAAUGACACCGAUGAUUCUGAGGAAGAAGCUGAGGCUAAUGAAACGGUGAAGAACACGAGAGUCGGGAAAGUAGAGGCAAUGGCUAAAGAACAGAAUUCAAGUGAGCCUUCGGAAUUCGAAAGGCAGCAAAAGCAAAUAAUCGAGCUUUGGGAAGUAUGCAAUGUGCCAUUGGUUCACAGGACAUACUUCUUCUUGCUCUUCAAAGGCGACCCUUCCGACUUUGUUUAUAUGGAAGUCGAACUCAGAAGACUGUCUUUCCUGAAGGAGUCCUUGUCUCAUGAAUCUGACACAUCAAGGAGGCAAAGGGUGAAGGCGCUGACGCGUGAGAAAGAAUGGUUGGCAAAGCAAAUACCAAAGAAGUUUACAAAGAGCGAAAAAGAACAAGUUUACAGGAAAUGGGGAAUAGAACUGAACACAAAGCAGAGGAGCCUGCAGGUAGCUCACAGGCUAUGGACAGAAUCUAAAGAAAUGGAACACGUAAAAGAGAGUGCAUCUCUCGUGGCUAAUCUCGUUGGAUUCGUGGAGCCAAACCAGACCCCAAAGGAAAUGUUCGGUCUCACCUUAUCAACGAGGACUGUUCACAUGAAAUCCUCUGGCUGGAGAUUCACCAAAUCAUUUUCGGGUUUAAGUUUAAACUGAACGAAUAUUGUCAAAUCUCUCGUGUUUGUGUGAAGUUGUGAAAGAGACCUUGUAUGUAUGUAUUACGUAAUUACAGAGGAAAUGACUUACACUUA